AUCGCAUGAAACAGUCCAUGAAACAAAGAACCAUCUGCAUCAAUGUCCUGAACCACCAACCCCAAGCUCUUGCUCCCUUCAGGCACGUUCUAACGGUGGAGUUACCUCGUCCUUGCUAAUUUUGCUAUUGCAGAAUAAGACUGAAAAGAGCCGCCCAAUAAUCGCCCACCUGAGAACUCGGCGCCUCUCGAUUUGUUCGUCCAAAUCGGGUUACUAGAUAAUCCAAAAUAUGCUUUCUGGGGUCAAGUUUAUACCUCGUGAUCAGGCAGAAGGUGUAAUUGAGGAUGGUUCUAAUAAAAAGAGAAAGAAUUCGAGUAGCAAAAGAGAAAAGAAUAGGAGAAAAACGAAUAGUAGUUCAGAUGAUGAUAUCGGGAAAAUAACGAAAGGGUCGAGGAAGAAGAAGAAGGAAAAGUGGUACUCUUCUGAUGAGUAUACAUCAGAAGAUUCAAGUGGUAGCAAAAACGAGGGAAAGAAACACAAGAGUAGAAGAAAGAAUCGUAAGAAAGAAUAUUCGUCUGAGGAUUAUUCGUCGUCUGCCUCUGAAGAUGAGGGUCGAAAAGGGAGGAGCAAAAAGGAUGGAAGCAAGAAGAAAAAGGGAAAAAUAGAAAAAGAUUCGAGUAUUCAUUUAUCCGAGGAUGCUAGGAGUUCUGGUGUUCAAGAGGAGAGAGAAGUUAUGAGGAAAGAAUUGGGGUUGGAUUGGAUGCUUAGGCCUGCGGACAAGAUUGAUAAACAGUCUGCCGAUAAUGUUGAUGAUCAGCCAGAGGAACCUCAUAAGGAGGAGGUAAAAAAAGUGAAUCCCAGGGAGUUGAAUCCGUAUCUCAAGGAUGAUGGAUCUGGGUACCCUGAUGAAGCAGAAGAACAAAGAGCAGGGACAAAACAACUACCUUCCUCUUCAGUUGUUGGAGACGGGGGUGCAAGCUGGAGACUAAAAGCUUUGAAACGUGCGCAAGAGCAAGCAGCUCGAGAAGGAAGGAAGCUCGAACAGGUUGUAGAGGAAAGAUGGGAUUCUCUUGGUCAGUUGACUGUUUCUGCAGUAUCUCGUACUGCUGCCCCGGCUCGGGCUCAUCUCCAUGCCAUAAAAAGUAGACAAAGGGGCCGAGUAGAGGAACCCCAAUCUAAUGUGGAUGGCCAAAGUGAGAGACAUCUAGAGAAGAAUGCAGAUCGAGGAUACUUGAAGCGUAUUUCUGCCCGACAUCCUGAAAUGAGGUCUCCCAAGGCUCAUGAUUCGUUGAUAUGGGGAAAACGAAAAAGUCAAAAAAUGUCUUCUGAGGAUGCAAGCCUCAUUUCUGCUGCAGUGUCUAGCUUAAAUAAGUUUUCUGAUGAUGGAAGUUUUAUGAGCAACAUUCUUAAUCGGCAGGAUGGUCCUGUUGGUCCAAUUAGUUCCCACACAAACCUAGAAAAAAACUUGGAGUCAAAAGUUACUUCAUUUGAAAGGAGCAGAAUUGGUGAAGGCAUUGCAGUAGCUAAAGAAGCACCAAGUGCAAACCAACUUGCUGCCAAGGCAUUGCAGCUGCGCAUGAAGGGAAAACAUGAAGAGGCUGAUAAACUUAUGGAAGAAGCUGAGAAGUUGAAGGUUAAUCAGGAUGCAGGAGAAAGUUCAAGUAGAACCCCAAGGGUUUUGAAUACCAACAGGCACGUACAAGAUAUUUCUGCCCGGAGAAGGGAGGAAGAUGCUGAUAGGAAUCUGGCACAAAAGAUAAUACAGAAUAAACAAUAUAGUUUAUCUGGUCGGGCUGAUGAUGAAUAUGAUUUUGAGGAUGGCCCAAGCAGAAAGUCAAAGAAGAAGGAGACGAAACAUGAUCAGAAGUCCACAGAGAAGAAUACUUUCACCAAGCGCAUCUUGACCCAGCAAGAGCGAUGUCUUUUUUGCUUUGAGAAUCCAAAUAGGCCGAAACAUCUUGUUGUGUCCAUAGCAAAUUUCACAUAUUUGAUGUUGCCUCAGUGGCAGUCUGUUGUUCCUGGUCAUUGCUGUAUCUUACCAAUGCAGCAUGACUCGGCCACAAGAAAUGUUGACAAUAACAUAUGGGAAGAAAUUCGCAAUUUCAAGAAAUGCCUUAUAAUGAUGUUUGCAAAGCAAGAGAAGGAUGUAGUGUUUCUUGAAACAGUAAUGGGUUUAGCACAACAACGCCGCCACUGUUUAAUUGAGUGCAUUCCCCUGCCACAAGAAAUUGCUAAGGAGGCUCCUCUCUAUUUUAAAAAGGCAAUUGAUGAGGCUGAAGAUGAAUGGAGCCAACACAAUGCAAAGAAGUUGAUUGAUACAAGCCAAAAGGGGCUACGGGGUUCAAUUCCCAAGGACUUCCCUUAUUUCCAUGUCGAAUUUGGUCUAAACAAGGGAUUUGUCCAUGUGAUUGAUGACGAGACACAGUUUAAAAGCAGCCUGGGCCUAAAUGUAAUACGAGGAAUGUUAGAAUUGGCAGAUGAGGACAUGUACCGUCGCCGGAGACAUGAAUCAGUGGAGUCACAAAAGCAGGCCGUUGUAAAUUUUGCACGGGAAUGGGAAUCGUUUGACUGGACAAAACAGCUCGACUGACAAACAUUCAAGCUUAGCGGUGACAUACAAUUUUCCAUUGAUCAAACUGUAGUUCCACCUUACUCGUUCCUUGAUGGCCACCAAUGUUAAAUGUCUGGUCGGGUAGUUAUGAUUUUGACCGUGUUGGCCUAGUUAUCUUAUAUUACAUGAAAACAAAUGUACUUAGCAGGCAGCUGAAUCUACUAAGAUUAGACGGGAGGGGACAUAUCUGUAUGUAAAUUACCUAUUUUUUUUUCGAUUCUCUUUUGAUAGAUCGCGUUAUCAUUUUCAUACAA